CUGGACUUUCCAUGUCACAUGAAGCAGUUUUCCUGGAGGAGAUGACGUAAUCGCCUUCCGUUCCCGCCCCACGUGUGUGUGUGAGUGUGUGUGUUUCACUACAAACAGUAGCAGAGCACCCUUAGUUUGAAGAUGAGCAGUGUUGUGCACAGAGUGUGGUUUCAUUACAAAUCAGAAAGGACACAAACAGGAAGUGUUUAAAAUCGUGAAAAGGUAUCAUUCUGAAGAGAAGUCUUUGACAUCACCCAGAACAAUGCUUGCUGUGUCUCAGACAAUGGUAACGGAGGAAAGCCUCACCUGUCUCCAUGUUCAGCUGUAUCAUCCAGACCAGUCCAUGCAUCCUCUGUACAACCUUCUGCGCAUGAACCAAUCUUACAAGAUCAACGCAGAAGAUCCGAUUAGGCUGGGCCGAGAUGGACAGUCGUGCUCAUUUGUGCUGAACGACAGCCAUGUCUCCCGAAAACAGCUCUCUAUCCAGGCGUAUCGCAAGGUUGGUAGCCCAGACCUACGCUUCACUGUGCAGAACAUGAGCCAGAAAGGCAAGAUUCUGGUAAACGGGUCUGAACUGGGCCAUCUGGAGCGGGCUGAUCUGGAGGAAAAGGCCCUGCUCAGAUUUGGCAAGUAUGAGCUGCUGAUUUGGCAGGAGCCUGGUGAGGCACAGGACAGUUUUGAAGUUUUGUUUGAAAAGCUGAAUGUUUCCCCUUCAAGGGAAAUGGGAAUAGAUUUGCCAUGCAGGACACCAGUGAUGGAUACAGGUGUCAUUAACUAUCAGAAUGGAGCACCCAGGAGUCAUGAGCCAUUAGAAAUUGACGAGAACCAGUACAAGUUGCAGCCGGGAGAACCUUUUUAGGGUUCCAAAGAUGAGUUUGCUAGGAGACAUUCUGGGGUUAUUUUAAGUGUAAGGAUGGGGACGAGGCUGCUGAUUCAGCAUAUGACACGUUCUUAUUUUAUUGUGUGCGAAGAAAGGCACAUUUUCAGUUACAGACUUCUGUAGAGGCUCUGUUCUGUCAUUUUUACCAUGCUUUAUUAUUAUUAUUAUUAUUAUUAUUAUUAUUAUUAUUAUUAUUAUUAUUAUUAUUGUGCCCUAACUCAAUCUUUUGAUUACGUUACUGAAAUACUUUCUGGAAAUAGUUCACAAAUAAUUGAACAGUACUUUGAGUAGCAUUUCUGACUUGUACUGUAGUUUACUAUAUUUUUUACUAAAUAUUACUGAGCCAGAUGUUGAGCUUCGCUUUCUCUCUCUCUCUCUCUCUCUCUCUCUGUCAUAAACAGUUAAUAGCACAUUAUUAUUUAUCUAAAAUAAUGUAACUGUAUCAUAUACUGAUUAACUACCAUGCAUUUAUUUCGUAUGUACAUACAGAAUGUAGUGUUACACAGGCCAUGCUAAAGUAUAGGAUAGUGAGCCUUCUUUUGAACAAAAUGUGAAAUAGGUAAGACUUUUUUUAAGAUUGUUAUUAUCACCUUUUUUAAAGAAAAAAACAACAACCCUGAAUCAUUAAUCCUGAUUUAAACAAAUAAAAGCAGUUUUGUAAA